UCCAUGGCCAGAUGAUUCUCUUAUUCACAAUAAAUCAUCCGUCCGAAGUAAAAUGAAGAAAUAAUUACUUCGCAAAAGCGUUAUACCUUUCAGGUUUGAUGUCAUUACUGUCGUGCAGAAUUACACUUCGAUAACUGUUGUCUAAUUUACGCGCGUUAACAAUGCGCGUGUUCGUAUAAUAAAAUAUACAUGUUUAUAUUUAAUAUACUGCGUGUGUUUUUCUGUUUAUCAUGGAGAUUUACUACGGCCACCAAAGAUUUUCGACGCCACUGCUGUCCAGAAUCUUGAUGAUUUUCACGAUCUCCUGCAGUUUUUCUCACGCUUUAAUACGGUUCCGCAGCGUUGCACCGGCAGCCGCAAGCUUUUUCCGGCAGACAUUUCCACAGUCUAACGAGAUUACAUUAGUACCAGCAAAACAAGGCUCGUUCCCUGUUUAUUCAAAUUCCCCGCCAUAUUCUUAUUAUCCACCGGCAGAAUCUACGCCGACGCCAGCACCAACGGCCACAACGACAACGCCCUCGACAGUUGGACCACGCUGCACACCGGCCUCCAAUCCGUCGCUGGGUCAAGUGGGCGUAUGUAUCACUCCUCUUGGUAUGGGCAUGGGACUGUGCACGGACAUGGAUGUCAGUACAUCCACUGACUGCGCGGGUUUCAACGGUGGCAACGCUGCUUGUUGUUAUAGCGUAAUCAUAACGGAUCCGUCCACUACGAGCAGUACAACAUCACCGGCACCGGUAACCGCUGGCAGUGACUACCAGAAAUCGCACACAGCUUUUGUGCGGGAGCGACAAUGCGGUAUACCCAAUGGUGAUCCAAAUUUGUUCAAUCCGAUUGAGCGCUUGAAGAUGUCAGCGGAUUUGGGAAUGGUCCGAACGAAAAGCGUUUUCAAGGGAAAGAAUGAGAGAAAUCGUUUUACCAUCCAGCAGACGAUUGUGGGAGGCUUCGAGGCACCCAGUGGUACCGGUUCUAUUUGCUGGCAAGUUGCAGUUUACCAAUCGGAUGCUGCCGGCAACCCGCUCACCGGCUGCGGCGGCACAAUCAUCGGGAGUAAAACGGUGAUAACCGCUGCGCAUUGUGUUGUCAACUUAAACGCUCCUUUCAAUCCGGCCACAUAUAACUCCUCAGCGUUCCGGAUGGUUGUCUUUAUUGGCGUUGUGACCUGGGCCCCGUAUUCCGGAAACACCAUCUUUCCCAUUGUGGUGGAUGGAUGCGCUCGCAGCUACAGCGUCAAUUUAACCAUUCCUCAUCCCAAUUUCGAUAUAGAUACCUUGGACAAUGACAUGGCGAUAAUGAUUCUCAACGAGCCUAUUGAUUUUCGGUUGCAUGCAGCAUGUGCUUGUCCACUAUGUUUAAACCGGCAAAUACCACAAGUUGGGGAUAAAUGCAUUACAUCUGGUUGGGGAGACGAAAUCGAUCUAUCGUCCGGAACCGUGGCUCCUCCUCGACAAGACAUUCCAUUGAAAUACGUUCUCCAGACAAUACGGCCUUCAAACUAUACUACAUGCGCUUUCCAGCAGGCGGCUACUGGCCAAGUGACCGAUCUCGAUCUGUAUUUAUGCGCCGGUGGGAUUAUCGGCCAAGAUGCUUGUCAAGGUGACAGUGGCGGUCCUCUUUUCUGCUACAAUGCGACAACCGGAACACAAUAUUUAGCUGGAGUUACAUCGUCUGGCAUUGGAUGCGGCACAGGAUUAGGCGGGCUGUACACCAAAGUGGGACUGUAUUUACCAUGGAUUUUUAACACUGCCCCUCUUGGCGACCUAACAAUUAUGAUAUAACUGGCCUUCCUUUUUGUAUUCGUGUUGUACAGCAAUUCCAGUUCGAAAAGAUAAAUUGUACAAGAUUGGAAAAAAUGCAGCUGUUAUACGAGUACUAUAACA